GGCGUGUUGUCUUCGCCAACAUGUCGGAGUAGGAGUUUCUAUCAAAACUUUACACUUAAAAUUUAGUGACUGUACACGUUUACUCGGUGCCAGCUGCUGGAGUAUGGCGUGUUACCGGAACGUAGAUGUAGUCGAGCCGUUUCCGAGUGGUUUAAUUAGCCGAUUUGUAAUUUUACUAGUAUUUCUAAGCACAAGCUUCCCGGUUUGUGACUCUGAAGGAAUCAGUCCAGAGAGGUGUCUGAUAUGGGGUCCGGGGCUAAACCCGGACACCGUGUUACCAGUCCGCUACUUCUUUAUUCAGGCAGUGGAUUCAAAAGGAGAAAACCUGACUCUGUCUCCAGGAAAAGACACGUUUAAAGUGAAGAUCGGCUCACUGGAUACGAAUGAGUACCUCCGUAUCCACGUCCCUCCACCUCUGGACAGAGGAGACGGCUCCUUCCUGUUGAGGUAUCGGCUCUACAGCACUGCUCACAAGGGUUUGAAAAUCCAGGUCUCUUACAAAGAUGCUGCUGUGGCUAACUCACCCUACACCAUCCAAGGUCCAGUGCAUCAUGAAUACUGUGACUGUCCUGAGCCCGAUGCCUCCGUCUGGCAGAGCGUCAUGCAGUGUCCCGCCGAUGACCGACAGAUUCUAGAUGACUUUAAGUCGUUUCCCACCAUCGACCUGCAGCAUCUCAGGCAGGAAGUGCCUCACAGAUUCUCCAACAGAGGAGGGCUCAUUCACUACGCCAUCAUCAACAACCACGUGUACCGGCGCACGCUGGGAAAAUACACCGACUUCAAGAUGUUCUCUGAUGAAAUUUUGCUAUCAUUGACGAGGAAGGUGAGGGUGCCUGAUGUGGAGUUUUACAUCAAUGUGGGUGACUGGCCGCUAGAGACGAAGACGUCGGCUGCUGUUCCGAUCUUAUCGUGGUGUGGCUCCACAGACACACGGGAUAUCGUCCUCCCUACCUAUGAGGUCACACACUCCACCCUGGAGACACUGAGAGGGGUCACUAAUGACCUCCUGUCUGUCCAAGGGAAUACAGGUAACUUUGAUACUCCUGAGCAAAACAGCCCUCAGUUUAUGUCAUCAUCGCUCUCAGAGCGACAGACGGGACAGCCGACGCAACACGCAGACAUGGAGCUGGUGCCUCAGCUGGAUGACCACACUGCUGCCUGCAGAUGUGAGCGUAAUAGCUACAAAGAAGAAACGGACGUGAAGGAUGAACUAUGACGGGCUCCGGCUUUAGUCUUUAAGCACUCGAGUCUCUUUUUCUGUGUGAAAACAUUCCUGAUAUCUAAAGAGAUGAUAGCGUAAUGUUCCUGAUGCCUAAGGGCAUAUGAAUGUUCAACAUUCCACUUUAAUUUUGGACAGUAGAGGGAUUUUAUGAUAAAACCAUAGCGGUCAGAAAUUUUGAGAUCGAGCUCAAAGACAAUCUGUGAUCAUGUGAGCAUUAAUGUUUUAAAACGUGUUUUAUGUUGUUGCUGUGGGAGUUGUUGUUUUUUUUAUACCUGUUUAGUGAUGGAGGAACUUGGAUGAGUGUAAAUGUGCCUUUAAAUUGGAUACUUGUUUUCUUUAUCUAAACUAAAAACUUUGUCUUAAAAUA